AUGGCUUCAGGAAGAGAACUCAACGUUGACCCCACCAGUUGGAUCUUUCCUAUUCAAGUGUUGCUGGGUACUGUAAGACACGGAGAAGUUGAGGCAUGUAGCAUCUCCAAGGUUCCAGACAAGCUUAGAAAGCCAAACAAGGACGCAUACGUUCCGCAGGUUGUCUCCAUCGGACCCUACCACAAGGGAUCCCAAAACGAUCUCUUGAUGAUGGAACAACCCAAAUGGAAUUACAUGCUGUCUCUUCUAGGACGAUCCCUGUUCCAAGCGGAACAAGAGGGGAAAAUUAAAGACGGCCCAAGCACGGUGAAAGAAUGCGGCGAGACCAUUCUGGAGAUAGAAUACAUAGUACGUGCCAGCUAUGGGGGGAACGCUCUAUCUGAACCACACGAGCUAGCAAAACUUAUGCUUCUGGAUGGUUUUUUCUUGUUAGAGUUUAUUCACAGGCUUCACGAGUAUAAGGAAUCCUUGAAGGCUGGGGAGAAUGGUGAAUAUGAUGACGACCCUGUAUUCGAAAGCCUAGACAAAGUCUUGUCUGUGUUGAGUGACUUGCUUCUGCUUGAGAAUCAAGUACCCUUCAUUGUUCUCAAGAAGUUGUACAGAAAACUUUUCCCGGUUCCUGUUCCCGUUGAGCAAGAUCACCGUGUUGCUACUCUUGCAAUGGAAGCUCUAGGCUACUCUUCUGUUGUUCCUACAGCUGGUGCGGCUCAUCUUCUUCACCUUGUUUAUUUGUCCAUCGUGAACCAGGAGGAUAGAAAAAAAACUAGGCGAGCGCAUAAAGAGUUAAAGCGUUGCGCCACUAGACUUCGAGCUCGUGGAGUAACGAUAAGACCAGGAGGUAGAAGCAAUAUGAACCAGUUUGGUGACAUCUUUAACUUUGAGAUAAAUUUCGACAAAGGGGUGUUGGAGAUUCCUCAGCUUCGUAUUAAGAAGUCAACGGAAGUCACAUGGAGGAACAUGAUUGCGUGGGAGCAGAGCAGAAUUGUAACCAGUUGCAAAUUGACUUCGUAUGCUUUGUUUUUCCAAGGCUUGAUUUGUUGUACGCAUGACAUCGAACUGCUGGAGCGUCUUGGAAUUAUAGUGAACGAAUCCGGGAAAAGAAAUGUAGAUUUGCUGAAGAUGUUUCAAACUCUGAGUGAGGGAGUUGAUCAGAUGGAUUGGAGUUAUAGUGACGUUUGUGGCAAGUUGAACUCAGACACGGGAACGAGAUCGUUAACAAAAUGGCCAAUAGUCACUUGGCAUCAGUGCAGACGUAUCAUUGCAAUUAUUGUUUACUAUUGCAAAAACUGGUACAGCAUUCUGAUAAAGGAACACAUUCCUACGGUUUGGAAACUCAUAGGAGUGUUGGCAGCUGUGGCGCUGCUAGGCCUCACUAUUGCACAGACAUACUAUUCAGCAAAGAGCAGUAAUAAAUAA